AAGUCCUCGUACAAAGUUUCCAGUUCAGGGUUCAAAGAUCAAAGUUCAACUAAAGCAGGAGCGCAUUCUAUACGUUAGCAAAAAUGGCUAAGCAUCAUCCAGAUUUGAUCUUCUGCAGAAAACAAGCUGGCGUUGCUAUAGGAAGACUGUGCGAAAAAUGUGAUGGAAAGUGUGUCAUCUGUGAUUCCUAUGUAAGACCUUGCACGCUGGUGCGUAUCUGUGAUGAGUGCAACUAUGGUUCCUAUCAGGGACGCUGUGUCAUCUGUGGAGGACCAGGAGUGUCAGAUGCCUACUACUGUAAAGAGUGCACAAUCCAGGAAAAAGAUCGAGAUGGAUGUCCAAAGAUUGUGAACUUGGGCAGCUCUAAAACUGAUCUGUUUUAUGAAAGGAAGAAGUAUGGCUUUAAGAAGAGGUGAAGAUGCAACAUCCCACUUUUGUUUUACUGAUUUUCCAAAUUGUCUUUAAAAUCACAAGAAGCAAUUUUUGACUUGUCAAUAAACCUUGUUUUUUUUCAAUA